GAGUCCUAUCCGACAUGCAACUGCGCAUGCUGCUCGUUCCAGCACGAGAAUCGGGGCAAGGACGCAGGUGCUGCUUGUCUCCCGAUCUACUACGGCCAGGAGUUCCUGCACGAGGGCUUCGCCGACUGCCAGCGCGUUGUCGGCGGGCACGGCAUGUUCUGCGACAGCCACCCCGACGACCCCUCGGCGGCGUGGGGCCGGAGCAGCCAGGUCGACACCGCCUGGUUCUGCAUUCACCGCUGCAUGCCCUCAGACCUGCGAGCGGACACCGACCCCUCCGACAGCUCCAGCGAGUGCGUCCCCGCCACGGCGCGGGCCCUCCGGGCCGCCGGAGUCGACCUGGGCGGCGGGUGA